UGUUGUGGUGCCACGCCGACCCGUAGAGAACCGUCGGACAACAACUAAAGGACAAAGUUGUUUAGCCUGUACAAUGUUGUAGCUAAAAUCUCAUCAUUUCGUUUUAAUUAGCGACGAUGUGGUUCACCAGGCGAGUCCUCUCGUCGGUCGCUCAGAGGAGUCAGUAUGCAGGACAGCCCGGCUUGUUCCGGCGCCCUCAGCACUGCUCCCUCCCUGAGCUGGAGCCGCGGUACCUCCAGUGCACAUGCUGCUGGCGGAGCCGGGUCCCCGUGGCGGGCUUUGAGACCCUGGACGCCACCCUCGCCCCCAGUUCCGCGCCCUGCAAAGAUGACAGUAGGCCACUGGACGCCUGCUACACCUCCGAGCAACGAGACGCCAUCCUCCAGCUGCUCAACAACGCCACACAGUCAGAGCUGGCCGGCGUCAAGCUCCUGAGAGGCCGCAAGUCGCUCAACAUUGUCGAGUACAGGACUAAAAACGGACCCUUUAAAACUCUGGAGAGUGUGGUGAACGUGCCGCUGCUGAAGCACAAAAGUGCUGUCACGGUCUUCAACUGCAUACUCAACCCGGCGAAGAAGGAGAAGAAAGUAAAGAUCCAGCUGGCCAAGUUCAUCAGGCCAGAGGUGGACAGGUCCUGGUUGGAGGAAGCCAGUUCCAUUGUGUCUCUAGUAUGUGGGACUAAUAAAAUCGCCUGGACUCAUGUGGACCGUGGGAUGACAGUACUGGACUGGCAACAGCUGGAGUGUCCAAAUUUCUUGAGGGGAACGUACAUGGCUUCUGCUUACUUGAAUGAUGUCUCUGCAGUUGUGGAACUCCUUCCAUCAGCUGAUUUCUACAUAAUUGAGAAAUCCUCCAUCUCAGUCCAGAAUACCGCUCUGUUCCCCGUCAUGGCCCACAUGAGGACUGUGGAGGCCAUGCUGUUUGCUCUGCUUGAGCCAAGAAACUCACCACCUGAGGCCAAUAUUCCUCCCAGGGUUUUGAACAUGAUGCGUACUCCUGUGGGACGUCACUUUGGACUCAUGGUGGGCGAGUCGCGGACCAGUGGGGCGCAGACAGUCCAAAAACUGAUGACCGAGUCGGUGACGCAGAAGUUUCCCAGGAUAAACUUCCCCCCAGAGCUGCUGGUGAAGUACAGGAAUUCUUUCCAAAUGGGCAGCAGAAGAGGAGGGGAGGAACUCUGCGACGCCCUGCUUCAGGCUGUCGCUUUUUACGAGCUGCUCAGUGAAUCUUCAAGUUAGCCACCACAUGGACUGAUCUCAUGCCCCAGCUGGGCACUACUAUCUUUAAAACAAGCAUCCUGAGAGGCAGUCUGAGCCCUUUUGGACUUUUAGCAAAUGUUAACUUCCUGGACAGAUUUGGUGGUGGUUGAUGGCAAAUGUAAAGUAUUAAGUUGUUUUUUUUUCGGUUACAUAAAAGUAUUGUUUUUUGGGACAGUGAGUGUGAGGGUUGCUGUGAUGUUUUAUUUCUGCUGUCGACGUUCGAUCCAGACACCUGCAUAAACAGCUGUCUGCCAUCUUCCUGCUGUCUGGGGAUUUUCACUCCUGUUCGUUUGGGAAACAAGGAUUUUUAGGAUUAUGAAAUAAUUCAAGAAUGAAAAGCACUGCACUGAUCCCACAUUCUUUAAAAAUCAUCAGCAUAAUUUACUACAAUCAAAUUUUUAUUUAAUUUUCAUGGUUGUAUGUAUAUAUAAAUAAAAAGUGACUUCUCA